ACAUUUGAAUGGCGCUGAGAGGAAUCAGUUGCUGUGAAUGAGUCAGCUUACUUAUGUAAAUGACCUUUGACGCGUUUCAGCUGGGGCCUCUGAGUGCACACGUUUCGCGACGUACGAGCCGGUCCAGUUUGGCUGCUUUCUGAGAAUGGACCUUGUGAAACACUCCGGUGGCUGCCACUGUGGAGCUGUUAGGUUUGACGUGUGGAGCUCUCCACACCUCCAUGUUUUUCAUUGCAACUGUAGUAUUUGUACUAAGAAACAAAACCAUCAUUUCAUUGUCCCCAGAUCCAACUUCAUACUUGUGCAGGGUGAGGAUCAUCUGACCACGUAUACAUUUAACACUCACGCAGCAAAGCACACCUUCUGUAAAAAGUGUGGAGUUCAGAGUUUCUACACACCACGCUCUAACCCUGACGGAUAUGGCAUCGCUCCACACUGUCUGGAUCCAGGCACUGUGCAAAGUGUCACAGAAGAGACAUUUUUGGGGGACAAAUGGGAAGAAAGCAUGGAAGCACACAAGACCAUCAAAGACAUGUCAAAACACAAGAAAGACAUUCAAGAGACCAAAUAAUUUUACUGUCAGUUGUUUUUAAUCAGCAGUAUGCCAGAAAAAUGGUACAGAAUGCCUUUUUUUGGAAACAAUAAUGACUGAACAAAGUUAUUUUAUUGGGGGGAGCAAGUAUAUUUAGGUCACUGAUUGUAUUACACCGGUGACCUAAUUAUGAAUCCCAUUUGUAUUAAUUAACAUCUUAUUCUAUUCAUAAAGAGCUGUGUCAUAUUUUGGUCACCUAAUAUAUUUGAUUAACCUUU